AUGCAAAAAGGUGUGAUUUUUACUCUGAACUUUCAUUAUGAGGGAAAAUUUUUUAGGGACAAUGUCAUAUGUUACCUAGGUGGGCAUGAACAUAUAGUAGACAUUGAUCUUGAUAAGUGGAGCUUCUUUGAAGCUAUUGGUAUAGUGAAAGACUUUUGCCAACUUGAGUAUUCAAAAUAUUGGUUAUGGUGGUAUAACAAUGAAUCAUAUAGGCAUAGUAGAACGGUUAGUGAUAGUGAUGCUAAUGAGGUUUAUAAAUUUGAUAUUGAAAUGAAAAGUGUAGUGGACAUAUAUGUUGAGCAUAAGGUAGUUGAUCAUGGUUCCAUUAAUGUUGAGGAAGUAGGUUGUGUUAAUGAUGAUGGUGUUAAUGAUAAUGGUGGGAAUAAGUGUAUUAUUAAUUAUGGUGAUAGUGUUGUUAAUAUUGAGGAUGGUGUUAAUGUUGAGUAUGAUGGUGGUGUUAAUGAUGAAUAUGUUAUUAAUGCUGAAGAAGAUGAACACGGGGAUAGUGAUUUCAGUGAUGAUAGUGACUUUGAAGCUAAUGGUUUAUUUAGUCUUGUUAAUGAUGAGAUGGAAACCAAUUAUGCUAGUGAUGAGCUUGGUUUCAGUGAUCCUGAUGCUUCAGAUUAA